UUUUCAUAGACGUAGACAACUUGAAAGCAGAGCUGUUCAAAAAUACGUGUUCGUCUUGGUGUAUAUGAACUGUUCGCUACAACACGGUGCAAGGUACAUUUCCCUGUUUAUACAAACACUACUUGCAUGUUACGUGUUCGUGAAUUUGCAAACGACUGUUGUGUUUAAGUGGUGAAGAACGAGGUUACGAAAUGGGUUGCAACACAAGUAAAGAGGCGGUGCAACCUGUUGAAGACAGCAACACAACAGGAAAAGCAAAAGAUCAGCUACAGAACGAAACGAAAAAGGAUCAAGUUGUCAACAAUGAAGCAACUGUUCCUGAGAUCGAUAUUGACCUGAGCAAUCCAGAAACCGAGAAGGCAGCCACGAAAAUCCAGGCUCUGUUCAGGGGCCACACGACGCGUCAGAAUAUGAAGAGUGGUGACACCAAGGAGGCCGUGCAGGAUCUAGAAGCAGAGUUCAACCCCAACGAUCAAGAAUUGUGUCACGCAGCUACGAAGAUCCAGGCCUCAUUCCGUGGUCACAUGGCAAGGAAGCAGCCGCCCUCAGCGGCAGGAGGAGGCAGUGGCAAGCCUGGAGACGACCUCAGCAAAGAACUGCAAAAGCUAGACGCAAAGGUUGAUGAUGAAUUAGCUGACAUAGACCUCACUGACCCUGAUCUGCACAAAGCUGCCACCAAAAUCCAAGCAUCAUUCCGUGGGCACAAGGUCCGCAAAGAAGGGACGCCUAAAGAUGGCGAACAUGGGGAAGAAAUGGCAGCAGGUCAAUGAGCGGUCUCCACGUCAUGUUGCAGCCCCAACUCGAUGCCUGAACCUGUUGAAGCAUUGUCUUCCAAUGCUAAUGUCAUGAUAUACAUAGGCUAGGCCAUUUGUUACAGUUAUUAGUUCUCUCUUUAUAUAUGUAUAAAAUUUACGAAGAUAAACGCAUUAGAAUUGGCAGUGCCAGAAAAUUAAUGGUCCUCGGACUAUGUUUAUGAAUCAGAUCUAACAUUUAUUAUAUUAUAGUUCAAGUCACUGUUAAAGGUAAAUAUGUUUUUGUUAUUUAUACAUGUGUUUGGCACCAAACACCAAAUUUGACCACUGAUCUGAACAGUAAGUAAACUGCGUAAUUAAUGUCAGAAAGAAAGUACUUAAUGUCUGAAGAUUUCUGUCUUCUGGGUUGUUGCGCUGCGUAGUCUGGUCAAUGUUUCAGAGGUCAUACUGCCUCCAUCUCUCACACUAUCCCCCGCGCUCCCUUUGGUCCACACCCACGCCUGAUUUGACACCUGCUCGGAGCAGGAUACUCCAUUCAUGGUCCGGCCCCUAUAAACCUAGCCCCCACCGACCUGAUUGGCAUAUACAUCACCCUGAAGACGGAGGCAGUAUGACCUCAGAAACGUUUGUAAACAUUGACCAGACUACGCAGCGCAACAACCCAGAAGACAGAAAUCUUCAGACUCACCGCUGUGAAAACUUCAGACCUUACUUAAUGUUUGAUGAAAAUGGAUGUUUAAUAUUGUUAUUAAGAUUUACAGGUUAAAUAAAUAGUACAUGGAUUUGAGAGUCAGCAUUCAGGUACAAACACAAUUACAUCACUUUCUGAACAUUGGCAUGUUUUCAACAUGAAGGAUCAAACUUUUGUAGCAUGAUUUUCUGAAUUAUGAAAAACAGUUAAUUAAUCAAUCAGUGUUUCUCAAAUUAUUUAUGAAAUUCAAAUACCUGCGUUACACAUUGUUUGUUUAAGUGGUUUUCUUUCUAAAGAUAUGUUUGUAGUAAACAGUGCAAGAUUUGGCGUAAGAGUUGCACAGUUUUAUGAGUGGUAAAUUAGAAGAAAUGUAAUAACCAGAAUGCAAAUAUAAAAGAAUAGGAAUGCAAAUUAUGCAAUAAAUUACAAAUAUUGAAUGUUAAAGUGAGAUGGGGUACUAAGAAAUCUGCGGUGAAAGUUCAGAUGAGAAAAAUAAGUGAACCACGUUUGAGAUUAAUUUGAGCAUGAUUCAUAUUCCAUGCCACCAGCAUUUAAUGAGAUCGGCAUCGGAUAGAUCGACAGAAGUGGCAUUGGAAGAUGCAUAUCCUUCUGAUCAGAAUAAUUUUGGCAGGGGAUGCUGCAAUAAUUAAUAUUGUAAUUUUGUUGUCAGUAAUAGAUGAAAGUCAUACUUAAGUAAAUUAAAAUAUACGUUUAUAUUCUGAUAUUAUACGUAUCGCCAUUAACAUGCCCUUUAACUUGGAAGUAAGUGGCAAGACGGAAUUUAAAUUUACCAAGAAUUGCUGAAUGACAUCUGUAUAUAUUGAAUUGUUUACUUUCUUUUUAAUUUACAUUUUAGCUUGUGAAUAAUAGUAGACUAAUAAUAUCUAAGCGAUUCGCUUAGAUAUUGCCAAGAGUUCAUUGGAAAACUUGUGAGGUCACUGGUCCGUUUUGGUUGUGCAGUGCCACAUUCAGUAUCUGAAAUGUGGAUUUAGUCAAGUUUUAAGACAUUUGGUGUUUCCAGACGCAUCAAGGUUCAAACAUCGGGUUUGGACUCCGUCCUCAGUGCCACUGAUAUUGCAUCAUGACAUUCUCAGACUCCUUUCCUCCUGUAGCGUCAUUUAAAAUCAAAAUAAAUUACGGUGGGCAGAGUACUUUUUUCCAGAAACUGCACUUACCACAUUGCAUUAAAAUUAUGAUCCUAUUACCUGUUACAUGCCUGCCAAGUAUAAUAAUGUUUACUGACAUGAAUCCCUUGAAGACCAAUGCUCUAUUGAAGAAUUAUUAAAAUCAGCAACACUCCAAGGAAAUCUGCAUCUUCUUUGGCAAGUAUUGCUCUUUAACACGGGUGAGAAUUAUUUUUAUUCAGGGGUGAGAUGGUACUAGUUUGAAGUGAUAGCAGCCCUGAGCGCAGUGAAAAAUUAGUUCUGUAGUUAUUGGUGUUCUCAGUUUGUUGCAAUAUGCAUCGAAACAAAUUUGAAGUGGGCUCCAGUGUGACAUUUGUAUAAAAUGGUUCCCAAAACUUUAAUUUCUGUCAGAAUUUUAAAUUUCUGUCAAAAUUUGAGGAUGAUAAUUUUGACAUCAAUAUAAUUUGGUCAUGUUAAAAGCCAACAAACAUAUAAUUUGAUUUCCAACAUACUGUUGUAUUAUUUUGAAUUUUAAGCAGUUCUUUGUAAAAGAUUUUCUUUAAUCUUUAAAUAAUCAAAUAACACUUGAUUUUCUCAACAGUGCAAAGAUAUUACUUUUAACUGAAAAUUGUCAUAAUGACGCUUAUGGAGGUUCAGUAAGGGAACGUCUAUAUUCAUUGCAUUACUGAAGGAAGGAAUAAUAAAUAAAUCUAUAAUCCUGUAUCUUGAAAAAAGAUUGCAGAAGACUUCUAUGAACAUAUGUACUAAGUUAUGAAUGGUAAAAUGCCAAAAGUAUAAGAAAGAGAAUUUGCAUUAUUUUAUUAAUAUUGUUUAAGUUUCUGUUGGACUGCUUUCCUCUGCUUUUAGCUCAUAAAUAUCUACAUAACCAGUGUUAUGUUCCUUUGAAUAUCAGCAUUAACUGAGCCAGUACUAUGAAACACAAGAAAUAAUUAUCUUUUAACCUGAAAAUGUCAGCCACAUAUUAAUUUUGUUUACCCCAUUAUCAAAUUACAUAAACUUUAGUUAGUGUUUGGUUGUGCUGUAAUUUUUCUCUAGUAUGAAAACUCUGUCAUAUUGCAGGUAGGAAAGUGUAGCUUAUGUUCAAGAUACUGUGUUAUAUAUGUCAUUACUGUUCAAGAAGAUAUUUGUUUUACUGAUGUGGAGACAACAUAUUACUCACGUGAUUUUAGGUUGUUCUGUUGAAAAAUGGUUACUUGCAAAUGCAAUAAGGCUAAGUAACUAGCAAAACAUACAGACAAAGAACAACAUUUGUUUGACAGAUUGUUUAAUUAUGAAAAUUUCUAGUAAAUACUGCCUACACAUUUAUGACUUUCAGUAAAUGUUUGAUUGUUAACUAGUCUUUUUUUGUUAAAUUUCAAUACUGUAGAACAGUAGAGUAACCCUCACUGCUUUUAUUCCGCCAGUAUGUACACUACCCCAAAAUUUACACGAUAUAUAAAUAAUAAUAUUAACUUAUUUCUUAGAGGAUAUAUUAUUUAAUUGAUAGGUAAUUUUAUUCAUAUGAUGAGAGAAGAAAUUAUAAAAAUUUUCAUCGAUUUGUAUGGAGGAGAGCAAGUAGAUUCUUUGAAAUCUCUUCCAGUUCUUGUUUAAAUUGUUAUAAAAAUAACAUUCCAGCCAAAACCAUAAAGUAAAAAGUUACAACAUUCUAGUCAUUAUUCUUGUAACAUUAAUCUUUAUAGCUCAUAGAACUAUGUAGCAUGUCAGCCAUUUCUUUUCUGUCUAUACAUAUUUACUUAUUCACUCAUUAUACAUGGCACAUCAUCACUUAAUGUUCUAACAGUAGAUAUACGACACCUUGUACCGUUGAUUAGCUUAGGGUCCCGUUCACACGGCUGCAGUUUCAAUGCCUUUGAGAAGAAGAUAUAUGCAGUAUUUCAGCUGUGAAGGUUUUACCAUUAGGAAACAGAAUCAGAUGACUGAAUUGAUUAUUCCUGUGAGUGUCCUGUUUGUUGGGCAGUGUAUCUGUAAUUUGACAACAUUUAACUGUUGGCCUGAAAAGCGUGUUAAAUUCAUGAUUCUUUUGUCAUGACGUGCCUGAUGAGUGUUUUUCUCAUAUCAGCUAUACAGCGUAUAGCAAUAAAUGGCCUUUCUAUUUGAAGAUAGUGUGUGAAUUGAAAGUAAUGUUAGAGUUUCUGUGUUUGAAGCCACGUGUGAUCGGGGCCCCCAUUUCAUCCUGAGUACAUACAGAAUAAUAUUGGAAUUGUUUGUGUAUCAAAUACACUUUCUGGUGGGAAUUUAUACCUGUCUUAUUAUUUCACAUGUAAAGCAAGGUUUUAAUAAUUUUCUGAUUUGUGUUCACCUGUGUACAACAUAUUUUACUGUGUUUGUUAAAUAAAGAAAAAUGAAUUUUGGUCA